AUGAUUCUUAAUAAAGAAAAUGAAAAACCUUCCUCUUCUCCGCUACUAUUCACCCACCUCAAAUUCUUCUUGUUUUUUCCACCACAACAUUUCUGUCCCUUGCAUUUCGAUCCCAACAUCAACAAACCAACAAUACCCAACGGCUUGUCUUCGUCGUCAUUGUUAUCUUUCCUUUGGGAAACCAUGCGACGGAGACCACGCACCACCUUCCUUGUGUCUGUGCUUUCCAUUGUCACCUUCGCUUCAUUUUCACUUUACCUCUCUCGCAAUGCCAUUUCCACUUGGCAACCUCAAUCUGACCUCGUAAAACUUAACACCGACGUUCACUUCCUUCUUCACAGAAACAAAAACGAAAAUGUCGCUCACAAUCACCAUGAAAUCAUCCGCCAAACACGUCGUGUGUCCUCCAUCAAGGACUCCUUAUCCACCGUUUCCGUUCUCAUCCCCGAUUGGGAGAUUCUUGUCAUCGUUGUCACCGACACACCUUUAUCCUCCUCCGACCAAUACCAUUGCCUCUUCCCCAACAAUGUAAAGUCCUUGGCCAGAUUCUCCGGUGUCUUACCUUUUACCAAUCACACCACCUUCAAGUGUGACUUCCCGGAAUCGGUUCGGCGUCAUCGCAUGUUCUCCCAACCUACGCUUGUGACAGGAACAUCGGGAAAUGAGUUCCCGACACCAAUGCCUGAACUCAUAAAGUGGAACUUUCUCGUGUUCGAGUCUUUCUCCACGGAAAAUGAUGUCGUCGUGUUCGCCAAAGGGGUGAACCAUCGGAAUGGAGACGAUAGGUCUCCGAAGGAACUCCGUUGCUUGUUUGAUUUCGGAGACGGAGUUCGUAGCGCCGUUACGAGCUCUGUCCAAGAAGUGUUUCGUUGCCCCCAUCCAGACCCGUUUGAAUCAGGUCUAGAUUCUUAUUAUGGGUUGUCCAAGAGAAUUAGAAUCUCCCUUGAGAUUGUUGCAGAAAACAUCAUUGUCCCCUCGGUGGCAUAUUACAUUCCCAGGCCCAAGCCCGAGUUCAAGCCCGACGCUGUAGUUGUACAAGGAGAUUUUGUGCAAGCGCAACCCAAAUAUUUGCUAUGUGCAUGCACCAUGGUUUACAACGUGGCAAAAUUCUUACGAGAAUGGGUUAUGUAUCAUUCGAAAGUAGGUGUGGAUCAUUUCAUAUUAUACGACAAUGCGAGCAAUGAUGAUUUGUACGGUGUGAUAAAGGAGCUCCGAGAAGAAGGCUACAACAUCAGCACUUUGUUUUGGAUUUGGCCAAAGACUCAAGAAGCCGGGUUUUCUCACAGCAUUGUGUACUCCAAAUCAAAGGGAUUGUGUAGUUGGAUAAUGUACGUGGAUGUUGACGAGUUCGUGUUUUCUCCAUCUUGGGGACAUGAAAGCGUUCCUUCUUUGAAAUCGUUGUUGCCGCCACGGGAAGAGUUAGAAGGAGGAAUAAAGAGCAGGGUGGGACAAGUGUCGAUGAGGUGUUUGGAAUUUGGGCCUUCGGGUCAACGAAGACACCCAGAGGAAGGUGUGACGCAGGGUUACACAUGUCGAAUGAGGGGGGAUCAGAGACACAAGUCGAUGGUGUUGGUGGAUGCAGUGGACCCAAGUUUGCGGAACGUGAUACAUCAUUUUGAGGUGAAUGAAAAGGAAGGGUUCAUGUCGAAGCAGGUUAGCGUGGAGGAAGGGUUGGUGAAUCACUACAAGUACCAAGCAUGGGAUGAGUUCAAGAACAAGUUCCGAAGGAGGGUUUCUGCGUAUGUUGUGGAUUGGAAACAAGAGUUGAACCCAACCUCGAAGGAUAGGACUCCUGGGUUGGGAUUCCGAGCCAUAGAACCCAAGGAUUGGAGACAUAGAUUUUGUCAAAUUAGGGACGAGAGGUUGAAAUUGUUGACCUUGGAAUGGUUUGGGUUGCCCACACCCAACGGCUUCAGAAUGGCGUGGCAAAACGAUUGA